AGCAAAGAAGGACAAAGUUGGCCCUCUGUCAAUGUGUUGGACCCAUGACUAUAGUUUUUCAGACACUAGUUCUUUUAUUUUCAUCGAGCCAAAGCUGCAAUAAGCAAAAAGCUUGAGGAACGACGUCUUUUACAUUUCAGUACCCAAAUUAUUGACUCUCGGGAGUGUUAUUGACGACCUUCAGUGAGAAUUCAACAAAUGAAAAAUGAAACACUCCGAGUGAGAAGGUUGAAAAGUGAAACGGAAAGAGUGUGAUGGUAGUGGUAUACAGAGCAUGUGAGUAUGUGACACACCAGCGGUUUCUGGAGAGCGUUUACAGAGUCUGUAUCAUCCUGUCAUUUCAUGGCUGGCUGGCUGGCUGCCUGCAUAUACAAAUACAGCUGCCCGUGGACACUCUUAUUCAUGGUGACUUCUUGUUGGAGAAAGCUGCCACUCCAAAGCUUGAGUCUCUUAAGGGACCAAGGCCAGGGUGAAAAAGAAUCAUCCGUGAACGGCAAAGACGAAGCUGCUCUUGAUAGCCACUGUCCUUUUGUUCGACUAUCCUCCACUUGUAGCACUCAUAGUAAUUAUACCAUUUUCACUGUGCCUAUAUGACGCACAACUUCACGGAAAAGGACACUGUACUGGAGCCUUACAGGAUCGAAGAUGUUCAUCCAUCUGUUCUUGGUCACACAAGCAACCACAUAUAUGACCACUUACGGCCAACAAUAAAAACCUGAACACUCCACGCAACCGUUUGCUCUCCGUUGAAAGUGCUUUAAUAGAUCUUUUAAAUAAAUGACAAAGUGCCAUAAUCAACCUUAAUGCAGGACGAUUGAAAUACUUUAUACCUUGUUAAGCAAACUAAAUGCAACUCGACGACCAGCUAUGGGUCAAAUAGUCACGUAAACAAAAUCACACUUGUGUUUUUCAUUCUCAACAAUCAGGAUGAGCAAAACGGAAAUCAGAAAAAGCUAAACCCGUGCACCUAAUUUCUUGGGUUGAGGAAAGAUCAUUUACUAAACAGAGGUAAAUAAAGUAGGUGCAAGCCAGUAUUAUGUAAUGAGAAACAUCAUAGUCUCCCCUCCCCUUUCCUAGACCAGCUCAGCCCCUGGUUACUGUGCAAACAGUCGGGAAAACCUGUUGCAAAGACCACUGCCGCUCAGAGUCUCCUGGGCUAUCACAGGAGAAGUGUAGUAAUCAAAGUGACAGCAGAGAAUCACUUGUCUUUUGUUACUGCUAAUCUUAAAACAAAUUAAUUACUUAUUUAUCCCUUCAACGGAUUGAAGUCAUGUUAAUCGUUCAGUAUGGUUUCUGCUGCCGACGUCUACAAGGUUGCAAGCCUCUUGAAAGCUUCUAAAUGGACAAGAUGCCUCCUGCCGCGGUGACCACUUAGCAUCAAGUAGCAUCGACUCCAUUUAAAGUGGAAUGUCAGUUCGCAACCACUGGGAUGAAUCCGUCUACCGUUGCCUGGUUUCAAGAAAUCAAUACAGCCGUGGAGUAAUUGCUGCAGUGACAUCUCUGUUUUUCCUUUCUCCUUGGAUUAUGAAGGACAUGCUGAUGCAGCCAAGAUAAAGCCAGUGUGCAAGGACUCUUUAAGGUCAUGUAUAUUAUUUUACAAACUGGCUAACAAUGGGUAGUCAUAAUUCUGUCUAAUAAGUAGAAAAACAGUGACACAUUUAGGAUUCAACCAGAGCAGGAGGACAUUACGACUUAAACAUGGAUUCUAACUGCAUGUGGAUGGACUGUGUAUUUUUGCAGUUCACAUUUAAAACUCCACAAACCCACUAAAGAUCAACUAGUAUAUGCUCUUUUUUUUCUCCUCCUGCAAGUCCGAGGAUUGUAAGCGCCAAUGGAGAUAAAGUCAACUGACCGGUGCUUUGCUUCUCACUGUAAUCACUAGCCAACUUAAUGGAGUGUGGUCAUACCUGUGAUUAAUCCAAGUUAAGACACGGACUGGAGCCAACAGAUGCAUCACCCAGACACAGCGUGAACAUGCUGCUCUGAUGCGGAACAUUAAUAUACCAUUAGAUUAAUUACUCAAUAGACUUUUAUUUUGAGUGCAUGGAGACUUUGGGGCAGCAAGUGAACGGCAGCAGCCUUGAGCAAAUGAAUAGAGGAGAUGAGGCUUUGAUCCAGGUCUUAGUUCCCAUCCUGGAUGGACUAAUUCUGGUGACUGGUUUGGUGGGUCAAACCCUGGUCAUCAUCAUUCUUAAUGGUAGGAAGAGGAAAAAAAGCCAACCCCCGCAUCGUACAGACACCUUGCUGCUGGCUCUGAGUGCUGCAGACCUGCUGCUGCUGCUCUGCCUGCCUUUCCACACCUCUGCCAUCACCCUGGGCUUCUGGCCUUUCGGCAGCUUUCUGUGCAAGGCCGUCAGCUUCCUGGGUGUGGCCUGCUCAGCUGCUUCCGUCUUCACCCUGGCAGCUUUGGCUGUGACGCGUUACCUUACAGUGGUACACCCCACCUGGGCGUACCGUUCAAGAAUUCAGCGGCACAUUAAGCUGACAGUAGCUCUCCUCUGGAUCCCUGCCUCGGCUUUGGCAGCGCCGCAGUUUGCCUUCCGCACAGUGACCGCCUCCAGCCGGGUGUACUGCUUUGCCUUCCUGUCCGACUUCAGCCAGCUGGUCUACAGUAUUGCCCUCUUCCUGUUCGGCUUCGCUCUACCACUGGGUAUCAUUGUACUGAUGUAUGCCAAGAUCUACUGUUUUCUCCGACAGGCAAGGCUGCUGGGGAACGCUCCCCGUAUGGAGCGCUACCAGAGCCAGGUCACUCACACUUCAGCUCUCCUGGUCCUAGUCUUCACUCUCCUCUGGCUGCCCUCUUAUGCACUCAUGUUCUUUUAUAUUGGAGGAACCAUGGAGGGCUCACCUGGAUACAAUACCGUUGCAAUCCUGGUCAGACUGUUGGCAUCCUCAGUAGCAGUGGUAAACCCGGUACUAUAUGGGUUGAUGUCUCAGAAGUUUAGACAAGACUUACUAGAGAUGGGGAGGAAACGCUGGGCAUGGUGUAAAAGCUGUCCGACUGGUUGCCCUGAUGUGAUGGGCAGGGACACGGUACAGCGCUUUGAGCUGGACACGACUUCAGAAAGAGGACAAAACUGACUCUUUGGCCAGAUAGAAAACACUGCGACAUCAGUACUCAGUUAAUGCUUUACUGCAUCUACAUAUACAGUAUGUACUUAUCUAUCACUGUAUAGAAUUGUAUUACUGUAUGUAAAGAUUACACAUGUAAUGCUCAUGUGAUGUAAAAUACAAUGCACUUCAUUCCAUUGUGAUGUAUUAAAUCAGGUAACAACUCUUGAUGUGGGAACUAUAAAUCUUAUUAUUAUCUUUGCUAGUUUUUACCAACAAUUUGCUUGGAUUUCUUAACUUGAGAAUUUGAAAAAAGAGAAUGUUAAGCUUCUUAGUCAGAAUUCCUGUUAUGAAUAGUGCUUGCCAACAGAUUUGGGUCCAGGGUUUUAAAUGUAUUGCUUCUGGAUGGAGUACAACAGCCUUCUCUUGAAUCAUUUAAAGAGAGUGGGAUUUAAAAGACACAUUGGCAUUGAAACAGGCAAAAAUCACAGGGAGUGUGCUUGUGCAUUUGUAUGUGAAAGUGUGUCUUCUUCAAGUGGUAGCCCCAAGUGAUGCCAAGCCUCUCUAGUUUGAGAAACUGCAGCUGUGUGUACAUGGAGUUGGUGCUUGUGUUGCAAAAAAUGAGUGAUGAUGGCUGUUUAUAAUGUUGAGGGGACAACAAUCAAUUAUCAAUGGAGGGGAUAAAAGCAACUGCAUCAAUGCAGCUGAAAUAUGGGUGAAGUGAUGCAGAGUUUUGUGUUAAAAAGAAUGACAUGUGAUUGAUGACUCCAU